AAAAAAAAAAAAAAACCUACUCUAUAUCCAUCGUCUCCCUUCAUCGACCUCUCGUUUAAUGUUUAACAUUCUAAUCCCGCCCUGUUUCAUCAAUGGACGGACUCAACCCCCUAUUUCUGCCUUUCCAUCUACCUCCCUACCUUAGGCAUCGACUGUUUUAUUAUGCAUCCUUUACUAUGUUUCAGCCAGCAUGUAGCAAGCCGUUGACCAGCUCAGCAUAUUUCCAUUGCAUACUCACGUUGAUACAUUUCUCUUCAGUUUGUCUUAUAUACACACAUACCUAUACCUAUACCUAUACCCCGUCCACACCUCCAUCUCAUCAUAUCCAUUCCUAUAUCGUCCCUAUGUGCUCCCCAGAUGUAUCAUCGCAUGUAUGUAACCACAUACCUACACCCACACGCUCCUUCAAAAAGAUCCCCAUGUUCUAUAUACCCUGUACCGCGCUGCAUUGCUGGCAAAAGCACCACCAUAAUCCAAAUAAAGGUCUAAUAUAUAGAGACGAUGAAAUGAGACAAUAAAAGUUAUGGGCAGAGAGAUAUAAAUAAGCAGGUAUAUAAAACGACGUUUUGGAUAAUAAAAGAAAAAGUUAUAGCUUCAUGUGCUUGAAAUGAACUAGAUCAUCUAUCGUAAACGUUUCUAAGAAUUCAUUAUUUCAUAUCCAAUACUGUCCCCAUAUCUCCCUCGCCUCCUUAUCUCCAUCAAACUGAAACACAACACUGAACACGUCCUUAAACCCCUCAGAUACAUCUGGCUCUUCGAAUCGACGUGCAUAUUCACUGAAUGCCAUUCCUGGAAGCUUGGUGCGGGAUUCCGGGUUCAGUGACUCCUAAUCCGUGCAUUACAUCAAUAUACAUACUCACACAUACAUGGCUCAGCGGGGGUAACGGGAACUGCAGAGCGCAAGUGGCUCCAAGAC